CAUUAUUGUUCGAUUCAGAGAGCAGCUCCUGUGGCCGGUCCGAGUUUUUUUUUGCCGAAAUACUCAGUAUGCUUCGUACAGGGUUCCUUGGGAAUGCGGCUCGCGCUGUCGCCUCGGGCUCGAGGUGCGACACAGUCGCUGCGUCGCUGACCGCGUUGAGGAACGCUGCUCCCCGUGAGUCAAUCAAGCCGAGCACGCACGAAGCAGACAAGCAAAGUAGGAAAUUUCAGCAGCUGCAACGUCGCUGCUUCUCUCGCUCGGCUGCCUCGGGUCUUGCGGCAAGUAAUAGCCAGCUGCAGGCGCAGUUCCAAGGGCAUCUGCCUGGCUACCCCACCUCGCCGUAUCUCACCUCGCUCGACAGCAGCUUCUUCGAUAGCGUCAGAGCUAAUGAGAGCCAAGUUCACGGACCGGAUGGCCGCCCGGGCACGGGAAUCCCGACUUUCAGGCUCAUGGACGGCACGGGGAGUCUACUCGAGGGUGUCACGGACGAGGCACUAGAGAUUACACAAGAAGAAGCGGUAAAGAUGUACGAGAAAAUGCUCCUGCUGCCGGCCAUCGACGUGAUCCUCUACAAUGCACAGCGUCAAGGCCGCAUUUCCUUCAUGAUGACAUCUUACGGUGAAGAAGGAGCGGUCAUCGGCUCAGCAGCGGGCUUGGCCACCACGGACGAAGUCUUUGCGCAAUAUCGCGAGUCUGGAGUCCUCCUCUGGCGUGGGUUUCCUCUUGACAAUCUGAUGAGCCAAGUGUUCGGCGUGCACGAUGACCUCAACCGAGCGCGACAGAUGCCCUGCCACUACUCCUCCACAGAGCUGCACUUCCACACCAUUUCCAGUCCCCUAGCGACGCAGAUACCACAAGCAGCUGGAGCUGGCUUCGCACUGAAGCGCUCAAAGGGAAGGGAAGGCGACGUGGCAGUGUGCUACUUUGGAGAAGGUGCAGCUAGUGAAGGCGACUUUCAUGCGGGCCUGAACAUCGCCGCCACAACGCGGAGUCCUGUUCUAUUCAUUGUCCGAAACAACGGCUUUGCAAUCUCCACUCCGUCAACCGAGCAGUACGUCGGUGAUGGUAUCGCAAGCCGUGGGCCGGGCUACGGCAUACCGACAAUCCGCGUCGACGGCAACGACGCCUUUGCUGUGCGCGCUGCCGUGCGUGGAGCCAAGAAGCGUGCGCUGGCCAACUCGACGCCUGUGCUGAUCGAAUGCAUGACCUACCGCGUCGGGCACCACAGCACGUCAGACGAUUCCAGCGCGUACCGCUCCAAAAAGUCGGUUGAGGACUGGAAGAAGAUGGACAACCCGCUGCAUCGGAUGCGCAACUUCCUCACACAAAGAGGCUGGUGGUCCGACGCGCAGGAGGAGGAGACCACCAAGCGAUACAGAGCCGAGGUCAUCGCAGCCAUGACCAAGGCCGAAAAGAAGCUGCGACCCACGCUGAGCUCCAUGUUCGAGGACACAUACACCGAGUUACCGGCCAACCUGCAAGAGCAGCGUGCGGAGCUCGCACGUCUAGUCAAGACGUAUGGAAAAGUGGAGCACUGGUCUAAGGAGCUGCAAAAGCACGAAGAGCAAGGCAAAGAUCUCGAAAAGUUCUUGACAGGUGAUGCAAAGUAACAAAUCAGACUAGAAAGUGACAAUGUAGAAUAAAGGCGAAUAUCCUGACCGCCUGCCGAUGUAAAAUACAGAUCAAAAAGCGGACAUUGC